GACCAUGUGCAGUAUGUGGCAAGAACGAUCUUGAAGAAAAGUUUCGCAAAUUGAUAUCAAACCUUUUGCCUAAAGCUGUACAAAGUGAAGCUGCUUCAAGGUUAAAGAUGCAACUUAAAUUAGAUGACCAGUUAUGUUAUAAACAUUAUAAUGAGCUAGUACCAUUCAAUAAAAAAGUAGAAAUUUCUAAAUUAGAUGCCGUUGUUCGGGCGUGUGAUGAAUCUUUGUUGUCCCAAGAUGGUUAUCGUAGAUUGGCUGCCGUAGAACUCCAGCUUAUUCGUGAACAUCAUGUUGCAGCACAAAGAAUAGAGAUAACUGAUCUAAUUAAUAAAACAAUUAAGAUUAGAACUUUUAGUGUUGGUAGUGAUAUAAAUAGUCAACCCCGUAUUCAAGGCGAAGGAGCGGUAUUUGAUCAAUGUGAAAUUGGGGAUGGUGCCUAUAGAUCAAUUAGAUCUAUUUUAACUAUUCUUCUUCCUAUUUGGAAGCAAUCCUCUCUACCCAUACUUAUUCUAGGAGAUACUAUUAAAUUAAAACUUGGAGGUGAUGGCCAUAAUGUUGGCUGA